CCUUGACUGUUUGGUUUGAACAGUUUUGCGAGCAAAAGAUUGCCGAGGAGGCUUAGUGUUAUGAGCGUAAAUUUAAAUGCAAUUCUACUUUUUUGAAAUUGUCCGUGAUUGGUACAAGGUGUCCAAUAAUUUUUAAAAUGCUAUACAAUGCAAAGUCGUAGGCCCAAAUGGGAUAUAAAUGGAUUAAAAAAUCGUGAUUUCAAGCAGGGAUAUCUUAUUUCUAAUAUGACAAUCACCUACUCAUUGGAUGUUGCCAAUACACGUCUCUGUGGCUUCACAAAACUUUUAGGGAGAUGGAAAGGUAGCAUUUACAAAAUUUUGUGGAAGGAAUUCAUUGUUUUCCUUACCGGUUAUAGUCUACUCAGUUUAACAUACAGAUUCAUUCUUUCAGAACCGCAAAAGAGAAAUUUUGAGAAUGUCGUACUUUAUUUCGAAACAUUCAUCGACCUGAUACCAUUGUCUUUUGUUCUUGGCUUCUACGUUUCGCUCGUCAUCGGCAGGUGGUGGAGUCAAUUCGAUGCCAUACCAUGGCCAGACAGGUUGUGCUACAUGAUUUCGGCCUACGUUCAUGGUGCGGAUGACAGAAGCCGUAUGAUCCGCCGCACCCUCGGACGCUACCUGAUUCUUCUGCAAGCUAUAGCAUUCCAGUCAGUGAGCCCCGCUGUCAAGAGGCGAUUCCCAACCAGUCAGCAUUUCGUGAGUGCAGGCUUAAUGACAAAAGAAGAGCGGACGAUUUACGAGAAGCUGGAUGCUCCAUACGGCAAGUGGUGGUUCCCCGCCCAGUGGUUCGUCGCAUUGGCAAUGAGAGCCAAGAAAGAAGGAAGAAUAAAAGAUUCGAUCUUGCUGGAUGGCCUCUUCAGGGAAUUGUUAUCAUAUAGAAGUACCUGUGGAACAAUGUUAGGUUAUGAUUGGAUAAGCGUUCCUCUGGUUUACACACAGGUGGUGACACUUGCCACGUACACGUACUCCGUGGGGUUGAUGGUUGGGAGGCAAUACUUAGAUCCAAGCAGAGGAGACGAAAAGCACAGAGUGGAUUUUUACAUUCCCAUCCUUACACUUCUGCAGUUCUUCUUCUAUAUGGGGUGGCUGAAGGUAGCCGAGCAAAUUGUAAAUCCUUAUGGAGAAGAUGAUGACGAUUUUGAACUGAACUGGUGCUUGGACAGAAAUGCUCAGAUUGUGUAUCUUUUGGUGGAUCAUUUCCACGCCAAGCAUCCGAAAUUACAGAAAGACAUGUACUGGGAUGAGAUGUUGCCACAACUCCCUCAGACCAAGAUAUCUGCCAAAAACAUUACCAAUCCAAUGUUAGGAUCUGCAUUUCAUUUGGAGAUAAAUCCAGCCGAUGCAGAAUUUCUACCCAUGGAUACUCUGUUAGAAGAAGACAACGAAGGAAAUACUUAUUCCAAUGAUUCUGUCAAACAGAGAUUUGGAACUCGUUGCAGGCCCUCUUUUCUUAUGAAUAUCUUGAAUUCAAGCUUUGGUCAAAACAUCCGCCGAAGAUCCACACUUAAGACUGAAAGUUCUAAAGAUCCCCAAGGCCACAGGAAUCCAUCUCUUUCCGUGAAAAACGAAAAAUGUACCCUACCCAAAGGAAGCACUCCAAGCCAAAGUCGCAAGUCCACCCUCGUAAGGAAAUCCAGCUCGACUCAGAGUAGUGCUUCCAGCACAUCAUUUCAUUCCAAUAACAUCAAUCGCCAUAAGAACAAGAUGUCUGACGUUCUGGAAAGAAAAUCCAGUAGCCUCUCAAACGGGAGCAUUCCCAAGUGCCAAACCAAGGACUUCGAUUUUGUCACAGACACAGAAGAAGGCACUGAAGAUGUGACUGCCAGCGUCUACGAGACUAUCGAUCAAAGUAUGGAGGACGAGAGCUUGCCCCCUAUCCCAGAAGAAACGUCCAGAGUGGUAUCUGCAGUUAAUUUGGAGUCUGUACUGGAAGCAUCGUUCCCCAAAGAGAAGGACAAUGUCCAGAGUUUAGUUGCUGAAGCCAGUAAAGUUCUGGAGGAGUUGAAUCGAGUGGUCAAUGCUCAAGGUCACAGGAAGGACUGUGAAUCGAAGGAUUAUGAAUCGUGCUGUUCACUGGCCAGCGAUGAUGAUUCAUUGGAUGAAAAUGAAACUAUGAUUGACGAAUACGUUGUGCAGGAAGAAUCAAUCGACAAGGAUUCUUUUGUUAUAGAUAUGCAAAGGCCUGGUGGUAAUCAGAAUGAAAAUAGAUUACCAGAUGAUGUAUGGUGAAGGAUCUCACAUAAAUCCUUCACCAUACAUUAUCUGGUAAUCCAUUUUAAUUCUGCUUAGUAAAAUUUAUAUCUGAAAAUAGUUAACAUUUAUCUACUGUUAAUUGCAAAUUCAUUGCAUUUGAAGGGGAAAAAAUGAUUUUAAAUUUUUGCAGACUCAUGUUAUUUAUA